AAAAAAAAAAAAAAGGGUAAAAAAUCUCAAGGAUUGGGCCAAAAUGGCAGGCCUACAAAUCAAUACUUGGGUUUAAAAUCACAUAGUUGAAGUCCAAUUUCACUUUAACCAAAAAGUUGGGGCCCAGACCAAAAACCAUGCUUGAACGUUCAUCCAAUACUUUUUCAGUUUUUCGAGAUGAUGAGCAUGGUGGACUACUGGACUCUAGUCAAGUGGAUAUUAUAUUGUUUCUUUUGGUCAUUUUAUGCAAACACACUAUGAUAUUGAUUCUUUUUUAGAUGGUAAAUUUUCUUUGUUUAUUGCUUCUUAGGUUGGGUUACAAUCUUGAGAGAAGACUAGCCUAACUUCUUGUAUCUAUCCUUUAUAAAAUAAAAUAAAAUAAAAUUAAAAAAAAAAACAUAUUCUUAGUUCAAUAUUCUAUAUCAUUUUUAUUGACAUGAAAAUGCAAAUUAAGGAUAGUAUCAUAUUACUUUCGUUUCUAAUUAUUUACAUCAAAACAUUAUUUUAUAUCUUACCAGUAUUACCUCUUCAUUGCAAAUAAUAAAAAAACGGAGGUAACUAAUAAAAUUCGAUUCCAAAUCUCGGAUGCUAUAUAAACAUACCAAAUUUAUUAAUGAAUCUCAUGAAUAUUCAACACUCCCCACUUUAAACCUUUUUUAAACAAUCUCCACACGCUAGCUACUUUAAUAUGGAAACUAAGGGGCACAUGCAUAACCCCCUAAAUUAGGCCCGUAUCCUCCUUGACUACUUACUUUUUAAGUUAACAAAAGUCAAAUUAAAGCAAUUUGGUUGUUUUAAUAUCAAGAAACGACCAUAACUCGUUUAUAGCAUCGAGAAACAAUCUCUUAUUUCAUUUUAUAACUUCCAAUCACAUUUUCAAACACAUUUUUCAUCCAAUAACCCCAAUUAUAAAGUUCAUAACAACCCUCAAAUACCAAAGAUAUUCACAUUUUUUCCAAUAUGAAACCAUCCAUUAUUACAAACAAUGUUACACCAAAGCAUAGUAAUGGUAAAAGAUUUAUCAUUUCUUGUUUCUUCAUCAUUUGUUUUCUUUGUACUUUAGCUUCAAUCAAUGAAAUUAGAUAUGAGAGCUUGUUAAAUCUAAGCAAAUGUGCUUUCUCUAGGGCGCCUUCUCUUGUUUCUAACUCGUCGUCUUUGGACUCAUUUCCUCCUUCUUUACGUACAAUCAAGUCAUCCCCUUCUUCGGAUGAUGAGAUUCGAGUUCUUGUAGGGAUUCUAACGUUACCGGAUCAAUAUCACAAGCGACAUUUCCUAAGGAUGAUCUACGGAACGCAAUCGCCGGAGGGUGCUAGAGUAGAUUUGAAGUUUGUAUUUUGUAACUUAACAAAGGAAGAUCAAAAAGUGCUUGUUGCCCUAGAGAUUAUGCGUUACAAUGAUAUUAUCAUCCUUAAUUGUUCGGAGAACAUGAAUAAGGGCAAGACUUACACUUAUUUUUCAAGUCUCCCUAGUAUAUUUAAUAACAAUGAGGGUCCAUACCCUCCGUACCAUUACGUCUUAAAAGCCGACGACGACACGUAUUUUAGGUUGGAUAAUUUGGUCAAGUCCUUAAGGCCUUUGCCUAGGGAGGACUUGUACUAUGGAUAUGUUAUCCCGUGUCCUAGUAUGGACCCGUUUGUUAAUUAUAUGUCCGGAAUGGGUUAUUUGGUAUCGUGGGACAUAGCGGAAUGGAUCAAGGAAUCGGAUAUUCCGAAAGCCCAUCUGAAGGGUCCGGAAGAUAAAAUAUUUGGAAACUGGAUGAGAAACGGGCAUCGUGGUAAGAAUCGAUUUAAUGCAAAAUGGUCGAUGUACAAUUAUCCGGAGCCUCACACGGGGUGUACCCAUGAACUAUGGCCGGAUACAAUUGCUGUGCAUCUUUUGAAGACACAAGAGAAGUGGAUUAAGACAUUGGAAUAUUUCAAUGUUACCAAGAAUCUUCAGCCAUCUAAAAUGUAUCAUAUACCUUAAGAUGGAUUUUAUAUUUUUUAAACUAUGAUUUUGGUCAUUCUUUUCAUUUAUUUCUGCCCAUUUGUUGAUGUAGCAGCCCUUUUGGGUAUAUUUUGAUAAUUAUACAUAAAUUUUU